AUGUCUCAAGUCGCCAGUGUUGUGUUGUCCAAUCUAGCAGAGCGCAGCACGCUGUUGCUCGUUCUCGUGGUCGUUUUCUCGACUUCGUACCUACUACCGCGUCUUCGGAUACGACAGAGGCUCGAUCAGAUCCCUCUCAUGGGACAAGAGAUCGGUGGCUACUACAAACGAAGAAAUGAGUUCCUGCGAGAUCCCAUGAGAUUCUACUGGGAGGGAUAUCAGAAGUGCAAGAACAAGGCGUUUCGCGUCACACAUUAUGAAGGAGAGCGGAUUGUUCUUCCUGGGACGGCGCUUGACGAGCUCUGGAACAUGUCAGAAGCUGUUUUGAACAAAAAUAGGGCCUAUGAUCAGAGUAUUGAGACAAUACACUGGGUUGCCAUCCGGCAAUCCUUUUCUAGUCCAUUGCAUUCGUUCCGACUUAACACGAAACUUGAACAAGAACAAAUAAAUAAUACUCUCGUUUCCGAGGUUGAGAAGACAGUGGAUCAAACCAUCGGCACCUGCGAGGACUGGACAUCGCACCCCAUCUAUCGGACAUCGCUCCGCAUUGUGGCCAUUGUAUCCGGGUCUGUCUAUGUUGGUCCUAUUGUGUGUCGCAACGAGCAGUUUAUCCACGACAGCAGUAAGUCCCAAGCCUACCUGUUCUUUCGACCCGGACGCUGGGAGCACUUGACUUACGACAGACUUGCAGUUCACUUUACCGAGAAUGUGUUGACGGCUGUACACAUGCUUCAGAUGUAUCCCGGCUGGAUGCGCCCGUUUGCUCGUUUCUUCAAACGGGAACGCACUCAGCUUGCCAAGUCAUGGGCGCACCUGAAAGCAUCGAAGAAGCUCGUGAUGCCCAUCAUCCAGCAGAGACGCGAGGAGGUGCAGGCGACUGGCGCCGAGUACAAUGACAUGCUGGCCUGGAUGAUGGCAAAGCAGGAAGAGUGGAAGCAGACCGACGAUGACCUGGCCGGAUCAAUGGUCCAGCUCGGCGUCGCCUCCACUCACAACACCUCCUCUACAAUUGCCCAGACCUUGUACCAACUGGCAAUCAGGCCCGAGUUGGUCAAAGAACUUCGCGAAGAAGUCAAACGCGUUUGCGCUCAGUUCGACGGGAAGCUAAGCCCCAGUGCGCUUCACGAGCUGAAGAUCCUCGACAGCGUCAUGAAAGAGGCACAGAGGUUGAACCCUACUACCCCCUCGCACUUCCACCGAUACGUGGAAAAAGACAUCACGUUGAAGGACGGCACAUUCAUCCCCAAGGGAAUUACAGUCGAAGCCAUCUUUGCUCCUCCACUGUUUGAUCCCGUCUUGUUCCCCGACCCGCAGAAGUUUGAUCCUCAUCGAUUCCUGAAGCUCCGACGUGGUGAAACUCCGGAUCCGAACGGCUAUAAGAACAAGGAGCAAUAUACGUUCAGCCACGCCACCAAGGAGAACCUCGCGUGGGGAUACGGAGCACAUGUUUGCCCUGGACGAUACUUCGCCAAUAACGAGAUCAAGCUGAUUCUGGCACGGAUGAUCUUGCAAUAUGACAUUCGUAUGCCCGGUGGAGUGAAUGAGGAAAUGAAGCCUCAGAGGGCCGGCAUGGGGUGGGUGCCGAAUCUGAGGAAGCCUAUCGAGUUCAGGGCUGUCAAGGAAGAGGCUUAA